CACUACACAUCCGUAUACACCGUAUACGAUAUGUUCACACUUUAUUGUUGUGUUCCCCUUUUCUCUUUACAUUCUUAGCUUUGUUCUUGAGCGAAAAUAUUCAUUCAUGAAUCUGAUUCAGUGAAAUUAUUGAUUAUUUUGUGUACAACGCCGGAUAAACGUUAAGCCGGAGAGGCUAAGAUGUAUUUCAUUCGGUUGUAAUAUAGCAACAUACACAUCAGUUUUUCCGAACAUUCUAUUUUGAUAAUGUGGAUAUCCGCUAACAAUAAAUAUGGAGUUGCUAUCCAUAAUUGGCAUGGUGACACACGGCAUGGUUUGGAAUUGGAUGUUGGCGAUUCCGUUGAAAUACUUGAAGAAUAUGGAGAAUGGUUACGAGGUACAUGUCCGCGAAAGCCGCGAGUCGUUGGCAUAUUUCCGCGCUCAUACAUUUAUAUCAAAGAUUCGGACAAAAAUGAUCCGGUUGUGCAGGAAUGUACCCAAGUAUUAAGAGAAUGGUCAGAGAUCUGGAAAAAAUAUUAUCUUGAACGAGAUACGUACAAAUUUACCUACUUGAGGAAAGUGAUGUUGUCAUUGUUAGAUAGUCGACGUGAACUGCUAGGAACUACACUCACACAGGAUCAAACUUUGGAGAUGCAAUUGAAAUUGAUUUCAAAAAUCGAUUGGGGCAACCGAAAACUUUUAUUAGAUCUCGUUCCGAGAAAUGGGCCACUGCCUGUUGAUCCGAACAAGCACAGCAUCGUUUCGCUUUAUCAUAUUCAUGUCACUAGUGCAGAAAAUGCUAAGGCAUGUUCGAGUCGUGGCACGUUGAAGAGAAAGGCACAGAAGCGGACGUUCACGUAUCACGUGUAUUUUUGUAUGCGUGAUUUCGGUCAUCGAAUUGGCGACGAUGCGGAAAUUUUUUUCUUUCUCUACGAUGGAAAUGCUGCCAGAAUGCGGCCGUUAUCGGAGAGAUUUCUGGUUCGAAUAUCGAAGGAUGGCUUCUCGAACUACAUGGAAAAGCUUCACAGUAAUUGCACGGUUUUCAUUGACUUAGGAGAGUCAGAGAUACUAGCUGAUCUCUACUUGGUGGCGAAUGUGAUACGAGUUGGGAAAAUUUUGCACUCGGAAUCGACAAAAAAGGGUGACAAAACAGCUGGAUCUCAUUGUUAUAGACGACCGUAUGGGAUUGGUGUGCUUCCGCUAACCGAUGCAUUGAUAGACAAAUCAGGUGGUGAUCCAGAAGAAAAGGAGUUUAGCUUCAAGAUAUUCCAGUGCGAAGAGAAAGACUACCAUCAAUUGCACGAAUUAAUUAUUAAGAAGGCUAGCGGCAAAUUUUCACCAAUCAGUUCGACCAACAGUCAAGGAAGCUAUCAAAAAAUGCCGCUUGUUGUUUCCUUGAAAUUGAUUCAUGGCGGGCUCAGUCAAGCUAGAUCGGAACAGCCAAUGUUAUUUCAAGGGUCCACAAUAACAAAAAAAAUUGGCUUUCCCGAUAUAAUCAUGCCGGGAGAUGUGCGGAACGAUAUAUUCUUUACAUUGGAGAGGGGCGAAUUCGAAAGAGGCGGAAAAAGUACGGCCAAGAACAUCGAAGUAACUGUAGCCGUGUAUGAUCCGGCUGGCAAUCAUCUAACCGAUUGCUUGCAUGGUGUGUCGUCCAGCGUAUACAAAUCGAUGAUUUUAUACCACAACAAUUCCCCGCAAUGGAAUGAAAUGUUGCGAGUGAGUCUGUCGAUUGAUAAAUUUGCCACUGCCCACAUGCGGUUCGAAUUUAAACAUUGCUCCACGCGGGACAAGUCGGAACCAAAACUGUUUGCAUUCAGUUUUGCACGCUUAAUGGAACCGAACGGAGCGACAAUAGCUGAUGGAUCCCACGAAUUGAUCGUUUACAAAUGUGAAGAUCCAUCGAAAUUGAUCGCAACGAAUUACUUGAAGUUGCGCUGUUCGGCCACCGACUAUCAGUCGACUUUGGACAGUUCGCCCUUGUAUCAUCGCAGUCCGAAGGAGGUGUUUACGGUGAAGUCGUUCUUGUGUUCGACGAAACUUACACAAAAUGCUGACCUACUUUCGCUUCUGCAAUGGCGUACGCAUCCCGAACGUAUUCAGGACUCGUUGACUCGAGUGAUGAAAUUGAAAGAUGAAGAGUUGGUGAAAUUUUUCCAGGACGUUUUGGAUGCUCUUUUCUCAAUAUUUUCCAACGAGGAAGGCAAUAGUACCGAGAACUCUGGCUCGGUAUUUCAUGUCCUAGUCAGCAUAUUCAGCUUGUUGCAGAGCAACAAAUUUCAACAUUUCAAACCGGUCAUGGAGGCGUACAUCGAAGAUCAUUUUGCGGCCGCCCUUGUUUACAAAGGUCUCAUGACGUCCGUUCAACAUCUCGCUGAAUGGUUGCCGACCGCAGAACGACUGGAGCCAGUCCAAAAAUGUUUCGCUUCGUUGGAAUACAUUUUCAAGUUGAUCAUUCAAUCGAGGAAGCUGUUUGCAAGAGCUACAGGUGGACAGUACGAAGAUUCAUUCAAACAAGACUUGUAUUCGAUGUUCGGCGUGUUAAGUGCAAUGCUAACGAUACCAGCCAAUGAAGACAUUAUUCCAACACAAGAAGCGGUACUUAUGAAUGCCAGUGUUGUACUCGAACAAUUGUUGGACACACUACCGGCAAGCGAGCUUGGAGCAUUGGCAAGAAAUAUACUGGAUUCCGUGCCGCGGGAAUCUCCUGGUCGAAUAGUUCAAGCCAAAUUGCAGGCCAUCAAACAUUUUGUUAGCGGAAAACUGUUCCACAUCGACGAUUGUCGAUCCAUUUUGCUGACGAAUGUGUGCAAGCAUCUUCGCUUACAUUUGGCCAGACGUGAUGAGUUAAUGAUCUGUGCCGACAUCCUGUCAGAGAUAUUGACCCACCUAUUCGACUUAAGAAUGAGGCAAAUGGACAAGCCAUCAAAUAUCUUGCAGCAUGAUUUGAAUGCACUUUGCUGUAACACCUUGGACAUUCUGAUGGAGACCAUCAUUGUCAUUGUAGACGGAUCACCGAAUAUACCACCGUCUUUGGUGUCCGCUCUGCUGGGUAUGCUGCAACAAUUAGACGAAUCUCAUUACAUGAAUCUUUGGGAGAAAUUGUCGGCCAAUGGCAAUUCUAAAGAUUUGAAAGAUUUUCUGCACAAGAGCUUGAUCGUGUUCAAAGAAUUAAUGGCUCAAGACUGGCAAGUGUUCCCCAGCAAUUGGCUAGUGAUGAAGCUGACUGCAAACGAUGUUGUGCGCAAAGCCAUGGAAGAAUUCUCAAAGCCACUGGUCUACCGCUUUCUUUCCGAUUCACAACUGUGGUGGUCAUAUUUUACACUGGCUGUUACAUUUUUAACUCAGUCCUGCUUGCAACUGGAACAGUACCAUGAAGCAAAACGACGGAAAAUUUUACAUUCGAAUGGUGAUAUGCGCGUCAUGAUGGGCUUUCAAAUACUCAGUAUGUGGUCGCAAUUGGGCGACUAUAAAUUAAACUUUAUUCCGUCCAUGGUGGCACCGUUUUUAGAAGUGACUCUCGUUCCCGAACCGGCAUUGCGUAAGGCUACAUUGACGGUGUUCUACGAUAUGAUGCAAUGCGAACAGGUGUCGAGAGGAUCAUUUCGUCUAGUCGAAAGUGAAUUGAUUGAUAAAUUGGAUUUGCUUAUCAGUGAGAACAAAGGAGAUGAUGAAUAUCGGGAACUAUUUAGCACCAUGGAGCAUCUGAGCGUUGUGUUGCUUGAGCGUGUCCAACAAGACGAUCCCGUUUGGCGUGAGUCGGGCGCUGCGUUUAUAUCGUCCGUAACGAAAUUAUUGGAGCGUUUAUUGGACUAUCGAAGCGUUAUGCAAGGCGACGAAAAUCGUGAUAAAAGAAUGUCGUGCACGGUGAAUUUACUAAAUUUCUAUAAGAACGAAAUCAAUCGCAAGGAAAUGUAUCUGAGAUACAUUUACAAGCUGCACGAUUUGCAUUUGCAAGCCGAGAAUUAUACUGAGGCUGGUUUCACAUUGAAAUUGUAUGCGGACAUGCUGAACUGGGAUCGUGAGACAACUACAUAUGCUCCGAAUGACGCAACCGGACAACCGGAAUGGCAACGGAAAGAAAAACUCUACAAAGAAAUCUUAAAGUACUUUGACAAAGGAAAAUGCUGGGAAAAGGGUAUUCCAUUGUGCAAAGAGCUGGCCGAUUUUUACGAAACGAGACGAUUCGACUACAACCGGCUGAGCGAUACGUUGAUAUUAGAAGCGAAAUUUUUCCAAAACAUUCUGACACAAAUUCGACCGGAACCGGAAUACUUUCGUGUUGGCUUUUACGGCGUUGGAUUUCCACUGUUUGUUCGGAACAAACAAUUCAUUUACCGCGGUUUGGAGUACGAACGUAUCGGCGCUUUCACACAACGGCUACAGACCGAAUUCCCGCAAGCUCAAAUUCUAACGAAAAAUUCGCCUCCUGAUCCAACGAUUUUGGCCGAAAAUGGACAAUUCAUUCAAAUCAGCAAUGUUCGACCAAUUGCCAAUAAUCCUCACUUUCGCACAUCAACGGUUGCCAUACCAGAGAAAAUUGCCCGUUUUUACGAGGUCAACGACGUAACAAGAUUCCAACACGACCGGCCCAUUCACAAAGGUCAAAUCGACAAGGAAAAUGAAUUCAAAAGUCUGUGGAUUGAGCGAACCACAGUUGAUAUAGCGUCUCCGUUGCCCGGAAUUUUACGUUGGUUCGAAAUCAUUAAUAAGAAUGUCAUUGAACUGACACCCGUUGAGUUCGCCUGCGAAACGAUGGAAAAUGUUGAGAAGGAUUUGUGCGUACUGAUUGCCCAAUACAAAUCCGAUCCAGCCAAAAAUAUCAAUCCAUUCUCAAUGCGCCUUCAAGGUGUAAUCGAUGCCAAUGUCAUGGGUGGUAUCAGUAAAUAUCAGGAAGCAUUUUUCACCCCUCAAUUUGCUAGUUCCAACGAGGGAAAAUUUCAACAUGCCAAUGUACUGCGACUGAAGAGUCUCAUUUUAAAGCAGAUGUCCAUUUUGGAAACAGCCUUGGAAUUACACGGUCAAUUAGCUCCCGUUGGCGUCCAACCAUUGCAGAAACGUCUCCUUGAACGAUUCUCCCAGCUCAAGCAAAGUCUUUCCGGUAUGAACAAAUUGAAGCGACAGAAAUCGGAAAGCAUCGUAAACACGCCACUACCGCCACUACCUCAACAUCAGCAUAUUGAAAAACGGGCCACGAGUUUGAAUUGCCAGAAUAACUUCUACGAACACGACGACAUUUACACACAUCCAUCCGAUAAUUCGUCAUUGAAACUGGUCAACGUUGACAGUAUGAUGAAUUAUAAUGAAAUUCAAACGACCCCUCCGAUACCAUGCCGACCGAAAUCGACCGGAUACAUUGCGACUAAUAACACAACGCCCGGAAUUCCACCCAAACAGCUCAAAGAUAGGUCAGCACCUCCAUUACCGCCAAGAGGCAUGGUACCAAACGAUAGACAGAACAAUGGCGUUGAUAAGCGGUCAUCGAACGCAGCACUGAAGUAUGCCAUCGUUAAUAUUCCGUUGGAUGUUGACGCUGCCGAACAAAGUUUUGACCAAUGUGACAACAGGGGUGACUUUUUCGAUAAUGGGAACAACGACUCGAACGAUCUCGACAAUCCGACGAAUCGCAGUUUGACUGAUAGUAGUUCCGUGCCGGAAUCGCUAAACAUACAAUCGAUGGACGAAGACGGAUGUCGAAACGCUCCGCCUAUACCUCCGAAACCGAUUGGUAAUAAUAUCAGUGUUGCGUCUGAAGAAAAUGACGUUGAUGAGUAGAAGAUUGCCCGGGGAUUUUCUUUUUAAACAGUAAGGUAAAAGUAGUCAGAGAAAAACCAGCACAACGGAAAAAUCGAAGGAAAAUGAGAGUGAGAAUAUAAUUUUUGUAAUGCCAAAGAAGAGAUUUUUUUAAUUUAUUUUUUAUUUUUUAUAUAAAUUAUGCAUGUCAAGUCAAAUCAAACCGCCAAGUCAUUAAAUUUUAUUCU